UAUUUUUUUGGGUUAUUUUACAUACAAAAGAAAAAAAAAUGAAAUUAAAUCGCAGUCGGCAGGAAAACCAACACCAUCAAAAGAGCGGCAACAUUCUUUCAAGGUGUUUCCUCGAUUAAAAUACGUGGGGAGAUAGCAUUGUUCAAAAAUCGAAUCACAUCGGCUAUUGAGGUCAAGUUUACUGAAAUUGAGAAGAGGGUGUUGAUUUUUAUUGGUUUGCUUCAUGAUUCUCGAACACUUGGUAUGGAAGCAAGUUGCACUUGAUUUUUCCCGUUUGUCCGCAGAAUCCAAGCACAUUGGUUCUAGAUGGCAGACAAAUGCAUUUGAGAAAGUGGGUCGUUUCUCAAUUUGAUGUUGUAUCUAGAGGAAAAUCGAAGAAGUGGUUUGUUGGUAUUUCUGGUGGAUUUUGUGAUUGAAAUCCUGAUUCGAAGGUUCAGAAUGGUCUUCAAUCUUGUACUUUAAAUUGGGUCUUUGUUUGUCUGAAUUGAAACAGUGCGUAUUAAAGCAAAGAAAAAGCUUUGUAGAAGUAAUUGGAGAAAGAAUUCCUGGGUUUUUUGGUGAAUGCGAGGAAAAAGGAAAUGAGAUUUGAACGAGCUGUAAUUGGAUUUGAGAUACGAUGACUGGAGGGUCAUUGGGUCAACGAACGGGAAGUUAUGGGUCACUGCAGUUACACAACCUCAGCAGUUUUGGUGGUGGAGGAUUGUUGCAAGGAAAGUCUCCAGUUGUUGCACGAAAGUCCUCUGGAAGGAUGAUUGUUUCAGGAAAUGAUAGAACCCUGCCCUUUUUUUGGUGCCGGUAUCUAGGCCGCCGGAAGGUUUCUAUGUUGCUUCUUGUCGCACUAGCUCUUGUGGUUUUUGUCUUGGGUUUCUUCACAGUUAAUAAAGAAAGUGCUGGUUCAAAUACUGCUCAACGGAUUGGAUCUUUGGUUCCUCAUAGCAAUGACAUAGCAAGUGAUCCUGUUAUUUCUGGCAUGCACGAAGGAAAAGGAAAUCAGGACAGUAGAAAUUCUUCUACUGAGAACAGCGUCAGGGGAAGUGAUGAAAAUAGAGUCCAGCAUCCUCCUCCACCUUCCUUUUCUAGAGGUGCAGCUGUUUUUCCAUCAGAGCAUCCAUGCAAAAAUUUUGCAUUGCCUCCUCCCCCUCCAGCAGCUCUUAGACGGAGUGGACCACGCCCUUGUCCAGUAUGUUACCUCCCUGUAGAGCAGGCUAUAGCUAGCAUGCCAAGCUCUCCAUCAACAUCUCCGGUUCUUCAUAAUUUAGUAUAUAUUCAUGAUGAAAAUCCAAUAAAAACAGAACCACAUGGGGGCUCUGACUUUGGCGGGUAUCCAUCUCUGCAGCAGAGAAAUGAUUCUUUUGACAUACAAGAAUCCAUGACAGUGCAUUGUGGAUUUGUCAAGGGAAGUAGGCCUGGUCACCAUAGUGGAUUUGACAUUGAUGAAGCUGUACUUACAGAGUUAGAACAGUUUUAUGACACCAUUGUUGCAUCAGCAAUAUUUGGGAACUAUGACAUAAUACAGCAACCCAAGAAUAUUAGUGAACUGGCGAGGAAUAAUAUUCCUUUCUUCAUGUUUAUUGAUGAAGAGACAGAAGCAUAUAUGAAGAACUCCAGUGUCUUGGACAGCAGUAUGAGGGUUGGAUUAUGGAGAAUUAUUGUUGUCCAUAAUGUUCCUUACAGUGAUGCAAGACGUAAUGGAAAGGUACCAAAGCUUUUAUUGCAUAGAUUAUUUCCAAAUGUUCAUUAUUCUAUAUGGAUUGAUGGAAAGCUUCAGCUUGUUGUAGAUCCAUACCAAAUUCUUGAAAGGUUCUUGUGGCGCCAAAAUGCUAGUUUUGCAAUCUCAAGACACUAUAGACGCUUUGAUGUCUUUGUAGAGGCUGAAGCUAAUAAAGCUGCCGGAAAGUAUGACAAUUUCUCAAUUGACUACCAGGUUGAAUUUUAUAAGAAAGAGGGUUUAACACCAUACUCUGAAGCUAAGCUUCCCAUAACCAGUGAUGUUCCUGAAGGUUGUGUAAUCAUAAGGGAACAUAUUCCUAUAACAAAUCUAUUUACAUGUUUGUGGUUCAAUGAAGUCAAUCGUUUUACUUCCAGGGAUCAGUUAAGCUUUUCCACAGUGAGGGAUAAAAUAAUUGCAAAAGUUGAUUGGAGCAUCAAUAUGUUCAUGGAUUGUGAAAGACGCAACUUUGUCAUACAGGCAUACCACAGAGACUUAUUGGAGCACAUGGCUCCACCUCCACCAGGUUCUGCUGUGGCUCAGCAUCCGCCAGCUGUGCCCAGUGUUCAUGCAGCUGGAAAGACUCCGGGGAAAAGGAUUCCUCCUAGUCAUGGAAGAGACAGGAGAUCUGGUUCUAGGCGACACCAUAAGGCUGCUGCUGGCAACAAGGAAGAAGGUGCAAUUUAGAUGUUUUCUGACCAGAAAGGGAAACCAAAACCAAAAUGGGGCAUUGCAAGGAUUGCUGUGAUUGUCAUGAGGAGAUCAGGAAGUUGGAAAAGGAGGUGUGAGAGCUGAAAGCCCUGAUGCCCUCUGAACAGCACAUAAAGGAAUGCUACCGGUGUCAUCAUCCGGAGAAGAUCCAGAAGUUGCAAAAGGAGGUGGGAGAACUCUCCUUGCAGAUGGAAAACAACUAAGUACUCAGGUUAUGAACAUCAAGGAGCAACAUUUCUAAUUUACGAAACUUAGGACUUUGUACUAAGUUUACUGUUUUGAUUAGACAACCUUCAACUAAGUCCUUGUGUGGUUUGCAAGAUUUUUAGGUACUAAUUCAAAGAAAUUUUCUUGAGUGUCCAAACUGUAUGAAUGAAGGGAAAUUUCAUGUUUUAGAUGUUCAUUUAGGA